AUGUCAAAAAGACCAGCGGGAUAUUCAACUUCGCCAUUGCCGUCAUCUUUAGGAAUAGCACCCUUGCUUCUUUUCAUAAUUCUAGUCAACACAUCAACCACAUCCUAUGGGGAGCCAAUAAAAGUUCGUAUUCACGCCAUCAUACCCAGUCAUUUUGCUAUGACCACAGAGCUAAGUCGAGAGUUCCACAACGCCAUGCUUAAUUUCCGACGCGACUCCAGAAAUCAUAAAUUCAGGUCCUUAUUCAAUCCAGAAGGGGACAUAACCUUCGUUACCGAUGACACCCCAAGGGAGAUUAUGGACGCGUUUUGCAAAGGGAUAUUGGCGAAGCAAGUGACCACCAUUCUGAACAUUAAUAAUCCUCUAGGAAUCCGCAGAAGGACGAGUUCGAACGAGUACAUCGUGGAGCUGGCCGGCUAUCUGGGGAUACCAAUGAUUUCCUGGGAUUCUCAGUACAGUGGAUCAUCUCAGACAGAGAAGAUCCUGCAGUUAGCGCCCACCAUCGAGCAUCAGGCCUCAGCUAUCGUCAGUCUACUGGAGCGAUACAACUGGACAAGUUUCUCCAUUAUUACAUCCCAAGUUGGCGGCGACGCCCAGUUUGUGGCUGUCGUGGAAAGUCUGGUGGAGAUGAGAGGACGCAAAACUGCAGGGAUAGGUGGGGAAGUAAAGGCAGACAGCUUGGAGAUUCUGUCCACACUUCACAUCAGGCAUCUGGACGAUGUUAGACCCAUGUUGGAGAAACUUGUCGGCACAGACACCAGAGUGUUUCUUCUUCACUCCAGCAGCCGAGCCUCAUACGACAUUAUAGAAACGGCCUCAAAACUCGGCCUUACGGGCAAGGACUACGUGUGGAUUCUCACCAGGUCAUCGAUACCCAUAGGCAAAUUUGGAACAGACAGUUUUCCUGUAGGUCUACUCGGGAUUAGCUUUGAGUAUGACCUGGACGCCAUGAAGCGAGCUGUCCGGGCAGGGGUCAAGACGUGGCUCCAGGCUAUGCUGGACUUGUUCAACGAGCCCCACGUGGAGUUUAACGAGAAUGGAACCCUCAAGAACACCGAGCUUCUCGUGGUGAACCUGCAGUGGCACGACAGUCAACGAGAGAAGACAGAGUGGGUCGAGGUGGGCCGAUGGGUUGGUCGAGGACUGAUCAUGAGGGACAUCACCUGGCCGGGUGAGUCUUCAAUACCACCUACAGGCAAACCUAAACGAGCUUUUCUGAGGGUGGCCACUCUAAAUGAGCUUCCAUACGUCAUCUAUCGGUUGCCUCGGGAAGACGGUCAGUGCGAGGAGAACGCUCUGCCUUGUCGGGUCUAUCAAAGGGACACCAAUAAGAAUCUCAUCAGCAACAUGACCGUUGGGAGAUGUUGUGUGGGACUCAGCAUGGAUCUGCUGAAGAUCUUCAGCACACAGUUGAACUUUGACUUUGUCUUGACGGAGGUCGAGGACGGCAAAUGGGGAAGUAUUAAUAAGGAAACAAAGACUUGGAACGGGCUGGUGAAAGCGUUACUGGACAACAAGGCAGAUGUUGUGAUGACGGCUAUGAAGAUCAACCCCGAAAGAGCGGAGACCGGCAUCAAGAUUAUUGUAGCCUUGAGAGAGGGCGCCAUUUCUCCCACCGCCUUUUUAGAGCCCUACGACUACGCCUCUUGGUCCUUCAUCCUCAUCUUCAGCGUCCACGCAACCGGAGCCUCCAUUCUCAUCUUUGAGUGGCUGAGUCCUUACGGCCUCAACAUGGGACAAACUCCAAAGCGAGAACACAGGUUUUCUCUGUUCCGGUCAUUUUGGUUGAUCUGGUCCAUGCUGUUUAGCACCUCCGUUCGCUUCCUGGCCAACAUCUGGGCCCUCUUUGCGCUCGUCUUCCUGGCAUCCUAUACGGCCAACCUGGCUGCUUUCAUGAUCACCAAAGAGGAGUUUUAUGACCUAUCUGGCAUCAAAGACCAUCGGCUUCAGAACCCAUAUACAAUGAACCCCCCUUUCAAAUAUGCAACUGUUCCCAAUGGAAGCACGGAGGCUAACAUCCGAGCGAACCACAAGGACAUGUACAACUACAUGAAACCAUACAACCAGCCUGAUGUUGACGCCGGCAUAGCGGCCUUGAAAACUGGAAAGAUACAAGCUUUCAUCUACGACUCAUCAGUUUUAGAGUACUACGCCUCACGUGACCCACAAUGUCGGUUGGUUACUGUAGGAAACAGGUACGCCAUGACCGGGUACGGAGUGGGGUUUCAACCCAGUCUUCCCAGUCACUGGAUUGACAAAUUUAAUCGUGUCAUUCUCAGACUCCAGGAAACUGGUGAGUUAGACCGUCUACAAAAGUUCUGGCUGGCCGGAGCUUGCAAAUCAACAAAGGAGGCAAAUUUAUCCAACCGAACUUUAGGUAUCAUUAACUUCACGUCUGCCUUCAUUCUCCUGGGAUCUGGCAUUCUGCUCGGUCUGGUUAUCCUGUGCUUGGAGCACUUGUACUUUAUCUUCUGGAGAAAAUACCUCCGGGUUUUGGAUAAAUGUGAUUGCUGUUCCCUGGUGUCAUUGAGCAUGGGCAAAUCACUGCAGCUGUAUGAUGAGGACAGCCUGUAUGAGGACGGUCGAGGCCACUGCAAGGACCCACAUUGUGAGAGACAGACCUGGAAGCUGAGAUACCAGCUGGACAUGGCCUUGCUGAAAAUCAACAACCUUCAACACAACCUGAGAAACAAUCGUAUCUCUACAGUUUGCAGAGACACAUAUUUUGGAGACACCAGUUUAUCAUAUACUGAUAUCAUCAGCGGAAAUGGAAAUUGUCACAGUGAAAACUGGAAUUCCCUCUGUGACAAUGGGAAGUCUCUCUGCGACAACGGAAAUUCCGUUUGCGACAACAUCCUUACUUGUUACGACAGCUGCUCCUACCAAUCCCCAGUUCACAAACUACGAAGAACGCCCAGUUACACAUCUGCAAUUGGGGGUAGCAUGAACUCUGACCUCACCGGGGUCACUCCCACCCACGGCCCUGCCAAAUUCGGCCAUCUUGAUGAUAGCCGGUACUCUGUUGUUAGCAGCAGCAAUGCACUCACGUGA